UCUCCCAUAAGGCAGACGGCCGUGGAUGGCCGUUGGGAAUACUCUGUGAGCCUGCAGCUACCAUAAGAGGACGGUAAUCUCCAACAGAUGUAGAGGAUUGCUAAAGGAUGAGUUUCAAAUGAAAAAAGAUGUGAGCGAUGAGACAGAUGACCGAGUGCCACAAUUCAAGAAGAAGGCAAAGGAACUUCGUAUCCUGGAUGCCAAGACAGCGCAGAAUCUGUCAAUUUUCCUGGGCUCGUUCCGCCUGCCUUAUGAAGAGAUCCGGGACAUUGUGCUGGAGGUAGACGAGGAAAGACUGAGUGAAUCACUCAUCCAGAUGAUUGUUUGGAGAGAUGAACGUGUGGUCCCUUCAGGCAUCGGGAAAUUGCACCGGGGGAUGAAACAGACUUGUGGAGGUCUUCAAUUCUCUUCCUGAUAAUUUGGAGAAAAAAAACUUCCCCCCAUGAUGUCACACCAGGAAAGUAGGCCUUAUUAUUACGG